AUGGUGAAGUUCAAUUUCUCCGCUGGUGGAGCGGCGACCACCGCGGCUGCCGCCACCCAGGCGACGGCGACAGAGAUGAGUUUGGCAGCGGUGGCUGCGAUGGAUCCUGUGCCAAUCCACCCUAUCUCAACACGAGCACGAGUUCACUGGGUGUUUGGGAGUCAAAGCAAGUACCCGCAAUUCAAAUGCAUUCUCUGUGCUCCUGGUAGCAAUGCAGGGGAGAAGAUCUUCAUGUUGGCGAAGUUCAACGUGAUCCCGGCCCGGGAGGUGAAGGUGGAUCAGUGUGUGAAGCUGCUGGCGGUGGAAGUGCGGCAGACUUGGAAAAAAAGCAAUGGUGAGAUCGUGGAAGCUGCCCUCUGCCCGGAUUUGGCGGAGUAUGAACUUGCGGUGAACCUGCCAAUGCCGGGGAAGCGGAAGCGGCAGGGAGCUGAGUCAUCUUUGGUUUUCCUCGAUGAUGAUGCCUCGAUGCCUACAGCUGAUUUCGAGCUGCUGCCUGGCUUGGCUGGCAUUGCGCUGCCAUCGCCUGGUGAAGGGGAGAGCUACAUCUCAGUGCGUGUGAAGGUUGUGGACCUGUCCGAGAUUG